GGGCGGAGUGGGGAGCGAGGGAGGGGGCGGAGGGAAGGGGCGCGGAGAGGAGUGAGAACCGCUUUUCCAAUUCCCAACUACGAGCCCCGAGUUUGUAGAUGGGGCUGCUCGGCGGCGCCUGCGGCUGAGAGAGAGCAGCAGCGGCGGGCGCAGGGGAGCGGUGGCGGCGCGGAGGCGGCCGAGGUGCGAGCCGGCACGAGACUCGUUUGGUCGAAGUGGUUGUGGGCCGAGCACACGUUGCUCCGGAGGCGUUCGCUGCUGAGGCAGUGUUUUCGGAUCCUGGGUACAUAAUCUGGAACCAGAAAGCAAUGCAGCAAGUGUUGGAUAACCUUACGGAGCUGCCCUCAUCUACAGGAGCAGAAGAAAUAGACCUAAUUUUCCUCAAGGGGAUUAUGGAGAAUCCUAUUGUAAAAUCACUUGCUAAGGCUCAUGAGAGGCUAGAAGAUUCAAAACUAGAAGCUGUCAGUGAUAAUAACUUAGAAUUAGUCAAUGAAAUUCUUGAAGAUAUCACUCCCUUAAUAAAUGUGGAUGAAAAUGUGGCAGAACUGGUUGGCAUACUCAAAGAGCCUCAUUUCCAGUCACUGUUGGAGGCCCAUGAUAUCGUGGCAUCAAAAUGUUAUGAUUCACCUCCAUCAAGCCCAGAAAUGAAUAAUUCUUCUAUCAAUAAUCAGUUAUUACCAGUAGAUGCCAUUCGUAUUCUUGGUAUUCACAAAAGAGCUGGGGAGCCAUUGGGUGUAACAUUUAGGGUCGAAAAUAAUGAUCUGGUAAUUGCCCGAAUCCUUCAUGGAGGAAUGAUAGAUCGACAAGGUCUGCUUCAUGUGGGAGAUAUCAUUAAAGAAGUCAAUGGUCAUGAGGUUGGAAACAAUCCAAAGGAAUUACAAGAAUUACUGAAAAAUAUUAGUGGAAGUGUCACCCUAAAAAUUUUACCAAGCUAUAGAGAUACCGUAACCCCUCAACAGAGUUGCAUCAGUAUGGAGAGGCAUCCAGCACACGUCUGUCAGGUGUUUGUGAAAUGUCAUUUUGAUUAUAAUCCAUACAAUGAUAACCUGAUACCCUGCAAAGAAGCAGGAUUGAAGUUUUCAAAAGGAGAAAUUCUUCAAAUUGUGAACAGAGAAGAUCCAAACUGGUGGCAGGCUAGCCAUGUAAAAGAGGGAGGAAGCGCUGGUCUCAUCCCAAGCCAGUUCCUGGAAGAGAAGAGAAAGGCAUUUGUUAGAAGAGACUGGGACAAUUCAGGACCUUUUUGUGGAACCAUAAGUAGCAAAAAAAAGAAAAAGAUGAUGUAUCUCACAACCAGAAAUGCAGAAUUUGAUCGUCAUGAAAUCCAAAUAUACGAGGAGGUAGCCAAAAUGCCUCCCUUCCAGAGAAAAACAUUGGUAUUGAUAGGAGCUCAAGGUGUGGGACGAAGAAGCUUGAAAAACAGGUUCAUAGUGUUGAAUCCCACUAGAUUUGGAACUACAGUGCCAUUUACUUCACGGAAACCAAGGGAAGAUGAAAAAGACGGUCAAGCAUAUAAAUUUGUGUCACGGUCUGAGAUGGAAGCAGAUAUUAAAGCUGGAAGAUAUUUGGAACAUGGGGAAUAUGAAGGAAAUCUCUAUGGAACCAAAAUCGAUUCUAUUCUUGAAGUUGUCCAAACUGGACGAACUUGUAUUUUGGAUGUCAACCCACAAGCCCUGAAAGUGCUGAGGACUUCUGAGUUCAUGCCCUAUGUUGUAUUUAUUGCUGCUCCAGAACUAGAGACAUUACGUGCCAUGCACAAGGCGGUGGUGGAUGCUGGUAUCACUACUAAGCUUUUGACGGACUCUGACUUGAAGAAAACAGUGGACGAAAGUGCACGGAUUCAAAGAGCAUACAACCACUAUUUCGAUUUGAUCAUCGUAAACGACAAUCUAGACAAAGCCUUUGAGAAGCUACAAGCUGCCAUAGAGAAGCUGAGAAUGGAGCCACAGUGGGUCCCAAUCAGCUGGGUUUACUGAUGAUUCAAUAAGGUUCAUAAUGGAAAUAAAACUUUUUAAAAGUAACUGCAACAAAUAAGCCUUCUACUGAGAAAAUACAUGCACAGAUAGAAGAUAUCUGCCAAGUUCAGGCAUUUUUAUUGUGUAGAUUGAAAUACCAGUACACUAUUCUGAAUUUUUAUAUAAAAUGUGGUUGGGAAGGUGUACUAAUAUAUAAUUUAUCUUAAUUUUUCUAACUUUUUAUGGAUAACCUUUCUAUUCAUACCACAUAAAGAAAUGCGUUGAAGCAUUUUGUAUAUGUUUUGAUUUAGUACCCUUGCCUUUUUCAUCAAAGGAAUUUUCAAAGCCUUCAUUCUUGCAUUGGUCUCCCAUUUUCACUGUGAUAAUGAAUACUUGAAAUAGUUUUGUAAAUCUGUCCUUUAGUUCAGUAUUUAACUAGUGAAGGGUCAGUUACUCUUUAUUAGGAGAAAAUAGUAGUCGUUGGCCUUCUUUCCUAAUACAGGUUCUUAAAGAAACAGAACUAUAAUGUUCAUACCUUCCAAGUCUGACAUCAGAAGUCUGCUCAACGCUACAUGGUUUCGUUAUUUCAGAGAUAUAUGGCUAUCCAUUCUAAUUUAAGCAGAUACAAUGUUUUUUUUCCCUUCUUUUCCAUCUUGAGGGAAAAAGUGAAGAGCAAUACUUCGCCCUCUCAUUUGUUGCCAUGACAGGCUGAUACUAAGUGAAUGUGUACACAGCAAGCAAGGCCAUGCAGGGUAAGAGAGUGCCUUAUCCUGUAACACCUAACACAGCAAAAUGACACAUAAAGUUGAUUUAUUUUCACAUGUAGAAAUUUGACUGACAAAAAUGAACCUACUGCUUUCAACAGUUUUUUAUUAGGAUAUGGUCAGCAAAUGUAUCAUGCCUUUGCAAAUUCCUGUGAUGCUUUAAAAUGCCUCUAAGUUUGCAAGUGGGGGAUUUUCUGAACAAUCAGCAUGCUUUUUGAAGUGUGAUGUGAUUGUUAGAAUACUUGUUAAAUCUUUUGUGUUAAGAACCAAAUCCAUUGAACAACUUAGGAGAUUUGGAAAUAACUGUCAGCUGUCUUACCUAUAUAUAACAUAUACAUUAUAUAAUAUGUACAUUGUAUGUAUUAUAUAAUAUACAUUAAAUAAGGUUUUAUAUAUUUUUUUACAUUUCUGUUAGGAAAUGCACUUUUUUGUUUAGUAAUUAGGAAAACAGCCUCUCUUUUAGAGGUAUUAAUGUACUCAGAUUUUUAAAAUUUGUCUCAGUAUCUUCCUUUAGGAUUCUUGGAUGGUAUAAAUUCUUCCUCAAACAUAUUCAGAGAUGUAGCUCAUCAUUUAACUAAGUUAUGUUGUUUUAUGUUGCUGCCAGCUUUUCACAGGGACAGUAUUCAUACCUACAGGGUUAGAUGCUUGUGGUCAUCUUUGUCCAUGGUAGGCAUCAGGCACCUGGCUGUUAAUUUUUCUCCUCAGCAAAGCUGUCACAUGGAACACUAGCCAGGAGGGCUUAGAAGGAAGAGAAAAUACCUGGCAAUAAGCAGUUAUGCACACAUUGCUUUAAAUCUUCUUCACAAUGAAACAGCCAAGCUGCUGUAUUGUUAAGAUUGGAAAUGUAUAGGUUUUUUUUUUAUUCUAGAGUUUCAUAUCCAGAACACAAAUUCAUGUUCUUUGUCCUAGGAUAGGGAAUAGUUAGAAUAGAAUUCUCCUCUAGUUAGGCUCCUCAAAGCAACCUGAAUCAAAGCACAGUGUCAAGGUAAUGUCUUAUGAUUUAGUGUUUCAACACACUGUAAAUUUUCAGGAAAUGUGCUGUCUUCUGCGCAGAGCCUCUUUGAACAGCUUUGGGAUCAUCGUAGCAGCACAAGAAGCGUAUCCACAAAAUAUUUCAACUGUCUUCACAUAAUGGAGAUGAUUUUUACAUCAUCUAUAUUUUUAGCCUUAUCCUAGGGUUUAAAAUGCAUAUUAUUUAGAAAAUAGUCCAUACUUAAAGGAAUUAUUUCUAUUAUAAAUGGUAUUCAUGACUAGUUAAUAUACACUAGAUCCCCCAUAAUAUAAAAGGAAAUAAUGCUGUUUAGUUUAUCUCAGUCCAGAUGCCAGAACUGAAGAGAAUAAAUUCAGAAAAGGUCACUGUAUCUCAAUAGAGUCAUUGGACUUGAAACUGAAGUCCCAUCUGAGUUUGCAGGACCCGGUAGAGCUCUACUGGGGCAAGGAGUCCCAGAGGCCCUAGGAUUCUCCCAAGGCAAUGAGAGUAUCGUUGUAAUCAAUGAAGUAUGAACUUCUCUUGUGGGAAAUAUCUAAAAUAAUUAGCUUUACUGAAGAGAAAACGGUUUAAAGUGAUGCUAAACAAUUGGUAAUAGUUAAAAUACAAAUGCACAUGCAAAUUGCCUUUGGGAAACAUGUGCCAAUACAUUAAUGCACCCAAGGAUGCUUUGUGACCAGAAGAGUGUCCACAUUCAGCAUUCAGGGCAUGACUGUUUAUAUACAACUAAAUAUUAUAUAUAUAUAUGUUUUUUAUUUUCAAAUGUACAAAUACCCCUAGAGGUGAUGUUCCUGGAUAAGUCAUGUAACAGUAUAACUAGUGGAAUAUAUGUGAUGCACUACAAGUAGAGUUUCACUUUUACUCCAGCCAUGUCUUGAUUAUGUAGUCUUAAUUUCUGUUUGAUAUUUGUAUAUUAUCAAAUAUCCAAUACAUCAGGACUUUUACUUUUGCCAAUUCUUAACUAUACAAUUGUUGAACAUAGCUUUCUAAAAUAGAAAUCUUACCAUAAACCCAGUAUGACUACAGCAAUAGUAGCCUGAACCCUAGAUUCUUAGAAUCUAGUAAAUUUGCUUAUAAUAGCUUAUCAGGACAAGUUUUCUUUAAAAGAGCAAAUUGGUUAUUAACACAAAUUUAGGAAAUAAUGCAAAUUAGCAAUAAAAUACAAUAGUGUAGCAUUAUAGAUUAUGGCCAGAUACUAACUGCUUUGACCACACUAUCCCAAUGACAAUAAAAGAUGAUCUUUGCUUUAAAAAUUCACUAAAUUGGUACUUACUGCUAGACAAAACGGUAAGUGUCAUAAUCCGGUGAUUGGAGUUGAUUUUCAAGAUGGAUAGCCAUGGAGUUAGGUACAGUUAUUUUGAACUGAUAAAUAUUAACCAUAAAAGUUUUGAAAAUUUGUCAAAAUUGUGCUCUACUUAACAUUGUACUUUUAUGACUUCUGAAACAACACCCCAUUUUCCAGAAAUCACAGGCUAGGGAGCCAAUAAUUUUGUAGUAAUGAAUCUUUAUACUAAAUAUGGAAAAAGAAAUCCUGAACUUUUAUGUACAUAUAUAGGUCAUUUUAUAAAUGUCUGAGUCACCAUAUAUAUAAUAUAUAUACAGCCAUAUGUAUAAUAAUGUAAAAUUCUCCCCAAAUACAUGAAUAAUAAAACUAAAUAUGGUCACCCAUGUAACUGUAGCUAGUGAUCUUAAAUGUUUACGCCCAAAUUCUUAGACAUUCUGAAACCUUUUUCACAUUGUUUUAUAAGGCUCUAGUUUUACCUUGAGGCAGAUACUAAUCUCCUUUCUGAAAAAUAUGAAAUUAAGCUCAGAAAAUUAUUAUAACUUAAUUUCUUUAAGCAAAAAGGACAGAGUUCUAGAUGGCAACCUCUUAGGAAAUACUUAUUUAAACUUUAAAUGAAUUCGUGAUAUGGUUCAGGCUUAGAGAUUAUGGUAACUGCCCUCCUCUUGUUCCAGUGGAUUUGCUGUGAGAAUUCAUGUAAUAACAUCUGUAAUGUAUUUUAAGUUCUUGAGCAAAAUUCAGUAUUUUAAAUAAUGGGAUUAUUGUAUAUAUAAAAGUGAAUAUUCACUAACUUUCUAAGAAUACAGUCAACUAAUAAAUCAGCAUCAUUUUUUGAGUAUGCAUUGUAUAUCUGAAGAAUAACAAUUCUGUAAUUCUUUAAGGUAAGAUUAUUUUUAAAUUACAUUUUUGUUAGCCUCAAGUUUUAUUUUUUAAUAUGUCCUAUAAUUCAUUAUGUUACCUUUGUGUUCCUGGAAUGAUUUAGUGCACAGAAACAGAAAUGUCUUUAAUAUACUAAAAAGUGAAGGAAUGAUAUCUCAUUUCUAAGGUAAGAAUUUUAAAGCAUGGUUUGUACCACUUCCGUAGUACAUUGCACUACUUUCUUUAAUCUCUUUUGUUAAAAAUAGAAAUGGUGUACAUCUACUAGCUGAGAUCCUAAUUCUGACUCUGACCAUGCGACCUUUGAUAAAAUUUAUAUUUCCCUUUACUUUUAAUAUUCCACCCGUUAAAUAAGGCUAGCUUAAUAUUUGUCUUCACAUUAAAUUACAAGAAGUAAUUUGUAACUCUGAUGUGAUGAAUGCUAGACUGGAAAAUCCUUAUUAGGCUACUUUAUUUAUUAUAUGUAUUCACUUAUAUUGAGGUUGUUUAUCUUUUGGUUCAUUUAAAAUGUAUCUCUUCAGAGGUAGUAUAAUGAAUGGUACACACCAUUCGAGAAUCCUACCUCUAAUUUUAAAACAGCUCUGAGGAGGGUCUGUUCUCUCUUGUGGCCUUGGUCAGGAGGUCCAUUUUAGUUUAGAACCCCACUCUCAGUCUAAACCUUUAACAAAAUCUUGUUACUCACAAAUCAAAUAAAAUUUAAGCAAUCCAGUACUCUGACAUCCAAGAAAUUCUGAACUUUGGCCCUUAAAGCUGCCCUACCUUAGUUCUUAUGCCUGAAAUUUACCACUGCAGCCCUAUUGUUUAACCCAUAGUAUUAAGUUUCGAAGGCAUCUGUUUCUUUAUAGGGAGAACUGUUGUUAAGGUCCAAUUAGUGGACCUUGAAUCUGACAUGAAGACAUCUAAGUUGCAUUCUCUUUUUAAUUGCUUCACGGCCGCUGGCUGAUAAUGCAGUGCUGUGAUAAAUCUGACUUGCCUCCACACACCAAAGUCAGCCAGAAGUGACUGUUCCUUCCCUUUUUUUCCCCUACCAGUUUUUCCUGUUUUCUAAUUCCCAGCACAAACUGAA